UGCUGAUCUUGUUCGGAAGUCUGCUCAAGAGUUCUUCCUUGGAGCAAGGCAAGGCGAGAGGAGGUCCGAUCCAAAAAGAAGCCUCACGUGUGUGUGUCCCCCCCUCUCCCUUGCUCCCCCUUCUCCCUUUUCCAGUGCCAUUCAAAAUGGCCUCCGACAGCCCGGAAUCGUUGAUGACGCUAUGCACAGAUUACUGCCUCCACAAUCUGGAGGGGACCCUCUGUUACCUGCUGGAUAACGAGACGCUCCGUCUUCACCCGGACAUUUUCCUGCCCAGUGAGAUCUGUGACAGACUCGUCAAUGACUACGUGGAGCUGCUCAACGCCGACAGCCUGUUCGAGCACAACGAGAAUUUUUUCACCCUCUUCUCGGAUCCCCGAAGCACCCGGCUGGCCCGGAUCCGUUUGCGGGAGGACGUGGUGCAGGAUCAGGACCUGGAAGCCCUUCGGAAGCAGGACCUGGUGGAACUUUUCCUGACCAACUGCGAGAAGCUGACCGCGAAGAGCCUCCAGACUUUAGGGAGCUUCAGCCCGACCCUGGUCUCGCUCAGCCUCUUCGGCUGCACCAACCUCUUCUACGAGGAGGAGAACCCCGGGGGCUGUGAGGACGACUUCAACCCCACUCGCCAGGUCCUGGUCAAAGACUUCACCUUCGAGGGCUUCCGGCGCCUCCGUUUCCUCAACCUGGGCCGGAUGACCGAAGGGGUGGACGUGGAGAGCCUGCUCCGGCCCCUGACCUCUCUGGCCGCCUUGGACCUCUCCGCCAUCCAGCUCAAUGACCUCCUCUUCCUGACCCAGUGGAAGAACAGCUUGGUUUCGCUAGUGCUUUACAACAUGGACCUCUGUGAGGAGCACAUUCAGGCCGUGGCCCAGCUGCGUAAGCUCAGGCACUUAGAUAUCUCCCGGGACCGCCUGUCCAGCUACUACAAGUUCAAACUGACCCGCAGGGUGCUCAACCUCUUCGUGGAGAACCUGGGGAGCCUCACCUCGUUGGACAUCUCGGGCCACACGAUGCUCGAAAACUGCACUGCCUCCUGCCUGGAUGAGAAAGUGGGGCAGACGAGCAUCAAUCCGGAAGAGAGCAGCAUCACCCCGUUCAGGAAUCUGAAGCGGCCGCUCCAGUUCCUGGGCCUCUUUGAAACCUCUCUCUGCCUUUUCUCCCAUAUCCCAGCCUACAAGGUGACCGGCGACAAGAACGAAGAGCAGGUCCUCAACGCGAUUGAGGCCUACACAGAACACCGGCCAGAAAUUACGUCUCGAGCGAUCAACCUCCUUUUCGACAUCGCCCGGAUCGAGCGCUGCGAGCAGCUUCUGAGAGCCCUCAAGCUCGUGAUCACCGCGCUGAAGUGCCACAAAUACGAUAAGAACAUCCAGGUGACCGGGAGCGCCGCCCUCUUCUACCUCACCAACUCAGAGUACCGUAUGGAGCAAAGCAUCAAGUUGCGAAGACAGGUCAUCCAGGUGGUCCUGAAUGGCAUGGAGUCGUACCAGGAGGUCACGGUGCAACGGAACUGUUGCCUGACUCUGUGCAACUUCAGCAUCCCAGAGGAACUGGAAUUCCAGUACCGUCGGGUCAACGAGCUGCUUCUGAAUAUCCUGAACCCGACACGGCAGGACGAGUCCAUCCAGAGGAUCGCAGUCCACCUUUGCAACGCCUUGGUGUGCCAGGUGGACAACGACCACAAGGAAGCUGUGGGGAAAAUGGGCUUUGUCAUGGUGCAAAACUGUCUGCUCUCUCUUGCCUUAACUUUCUUUCUGCUCCUACAGUGCGAUCAGGUGAUGGAGUUCUCCUGGAGCGCCUUGUGGAACAUCACCGACGAGACGCCCAACAACUGCGAGAUGUUCCUCAACUAUAGCGGCAUGAAACUCUUCCUGGAAUGCUUGAAGGAGUUUCCUAACAAGCAGGAGCUACACCGCAACAUGCUCGGCCUCCUGGGAAACGUCGCGGAGGUACAAGAGCUGCGCCCCCAGCUUAUGACGUCCCAGUUCAUCACCGUGUUCAGCAACCUGUUGGACAGCGAAGCCGACGGGAUCGAGGUGUCUUACAACGCCUGCGGGGUUCUCUCCCACAUCAUGUUCGACGGACCGGAGGCCUGGGGGAUCGCGGAGCCACCCCGGGAGGAGGUGGUGGAGAGGAUGUGGGCCGCGAUUCAGCGCUGGGACGUGAAUUCCCGGAGGAACAUCAACUACAGGUCCUUUGAGCCGAUCCUUAGACUCAUUCCGCAGAGGAUCUCCCCGGUCAGCCAGCACUGGGCGACGUGGGCGCUGUACAACCUCGUUUCCGUCUACCCGGACAAAUACUGCCCCCUGCUGUUCAAAGAAGGAGGUCUCGUCCUCUUGGCCGACAUGAUCAAUAUGGCCACGGCACGCCCUGAAACAAAGGAAAUGGGACGGACUGUCAUAGAACACUGCAACGAUUUUAUGAACGAGAACAUGGACACGUCCAGAUAGAGGCGAGCGUGACUCGCGACUUUCCGCUGACACUGUAUCCACAAGCAUUGCUCCCGUUCACUGUAUAUAGGGUCAGACUGUCUCACCAGCUUAGCUGUCGGAAGGAGCCUUUAAUGAAUAUUUUGUGUGCGUGUGCGUGCGUGUACGUCUCAAAAACGACCCCCAGCAGAUGGAGAAAAGGAAGAAAAGACUCACCUGAGCAAAAAUUUGCUGGAGGACCAUUUUGCACAAAACAUCCACCCACCAAUUUGCCCUUUAAAUAGGUAUUUUUUCUCUCUCUCCCCCCCCCCACGGCCCCCGUUAUUUUUGUUUUUUAAAAAGUACAAAUUGAAUUUUCUGUGCUCGUUGCCAGUUUCUGUGUCGAAAAGAACAGACGGAAAGAAACGGGACGGGCGGCGCGUUAUCUUGUGGGCCUUUAUUUUUUGUUGGUUUUGAGAAAACGAAAAGCCUCAAACGCACCUGAGCGCGAUUCUUGUAAGGGGAACGGGAUCGUCCCCCCUGCUGCCAGUUCUCCUGGGGUACCCGUCCCCCCC